AUGUGCGAAAAAUGCUUUCCGGAAAACCAUCCAGCCGUGUCUCGUACAUUAUCAAAUAUGGACGAUAUGUACUUGGCUUCAGCAAAAUAUGACAAGGCAUUAGAGUACUAUAAACGAGCCGAAUCAAUCCGACUGGGUGCUUUAUUAGCAGAUGAUCUGGGCAUAGCUGAUAUUUAUUAUAAUAUGGGUUGCGUCUAUUACAAUAAAGAAUCUUUCGUGGAAGCAUUACCAUACUUUAUAAAAUGCAAGCGAACUUACGAGAAAAAAUACCACAGAGAUCAUGUAGAUAUCAGAAGAGUUGAAAAUAGCAUAAUGCUCGUUAAAGCAGCUAUGCAAGAAAUCGGACAUGCGCCAUGA